CUCUAGAUGAAUCUUCAUCUCGGAGCUGGGCUCUGCUACAGGCAAAAUGCAUUGGCAGAUCCUCUCCUCCUUGCUCUGUCUCUUCACAUUUGAAACUUGGAGCGCCGCGCAAGAUCUCACGAGCAAACUUCAAGCGUAUAAAUUAACUCCAGACUCGAGCCUUCAAUCUAUCACACAGCUGUCGUAUGUCAUUGAGACUUGGGAAAAGUGUGCCAAAGUGUGCAAUGCCGAAACCACGUUCACUUGCAGGGCAUUUGUAUACGAUGUGGAAAGUAACCACUGCGCCACCUUGCCAGUCAACAGCCUCAUGAAAACAGCCAUUGCCAAACCUGGCUCCUCACUCUACGAGAAAAUCGUUUAUUUGCAAGACUGCAUGGUGGGCCUUGGCAUUUCCUACAGAGGAACGGUCUCCAAAACAACAUCGGGACGCCAGUGCCAAUUCUGGAGCACGAACAAGCCACACCGCCCCAACUUCACGCCUUGGACUCACCCCGAGUUAGGGCUAGAGGAUAAUUUCUGCAGGAAUCCGGAUCACGGCGUGUCAGGGCCCUGGUGCUACACCACCGACCCAGCCCGGCGGUGGGAGGUCUGCGGUGUGCCUGCCUGCCGGGAUCCGUCUCAGCCAAACACACAAAACUGUUACCAGUGCUCCGGGGAAGAUUAUCAGGGAAAUGUUUCUCAAACGCAAUCGGGGAAAGAAUGCCAGCGAUGGGACUUUCAAUCUCCACACACUCACAGUUUCACAGCCAACAGAUUCCCGGGCAACGACAUGAGGCACAAUUUCUGCCGGAACCCGGACGGGCAGCCGAGGCCCUGGUGUCUCACCACAGACCCACUGCUGCGCUGGGAGCUCUGCGCGGUUCCCAAAUGCCAGCAUGUGCCUGCGAUGCUGCCGGCCGUGAAUUCCUCGCAGCGGUGCGUGGAGGACAGUGGGGCGAGCUACCGAGGCACCCAGUCCACCACUCGCUCGGGCAAGCAGUGCCAAGCCUGGAGCUCCCAGUACCCUCACAAGCAUGGAGUAAUGCCGGAGAGUUACCCUUGCAGGGGCUUGGAGGAAAAUUUCUGUCGGAACCCGGACGGAGCGGCCUCGCCGUGGUGCUACACGAUGGACCCCAGCUCACGCCUCGAGUUCUGCGACAUCCCAAAGUGCCGCGACUCCCACCGAACCCUGACAGAGGCCGGGCGGGGACCCCUGCCCCCCCUGCUCCCACAGCCGCCUCUUGCCCCCCUGCCCCCUCGGCCCUCCCUGCCCCCACGGCCGCCUCUCGCCCCCCUGCCCCCACGGCCGCCUCUCGCCCCCCUGCCCCCUCAGCCCUCCCUGCCCCCACGGCCGCCUCUCGCCCCCCUGCCCCCUCGGCCCUCCCUGCCCCCAGAGCCGCCUCUCGCCCCCCUGCCCCCAUGGCCGCCUCUCGGCCCCCUGCCCCCACAGCCUUCCCUGCCCCCAGGGCUGCCUCUCGCCCCCCUACCCCCCCUGGCUCCACUGCCGGCGCUGCCUCACCUCGACGUCCCACAGAGUGAGCAGGAGGAGUGCAUGCAUUGCAACGGAGGGGGCUAUCGAGGGAGAGUGUCUCGCACGGAGUCUGGGCGAGAAUGCCAGCACUGGGCGGCACAGAGUCCUCACCAACACAACCACACGCCGGACAGGUUUCCCGACAAAGAUCUGCGGAGCAACUACUGCCGAAACCCCAACCUGGAGCCUCGGCCGUGGUGCUACACCACAGACCCCAGCGUGCGCCUUGAGGCCUGCACCAUUCCCCGCUGCAAUACGCCGCCACCAACGACCUCUACCAGCACCGUGUGCGCCAGAGGCCGUGGGGAGGGCUACCGGGGCUCCAGGACGGUGACUCUCUCGGGGAAAUGGUGUCAGCGGUGGGACUCGCAGUUCCCGCACAGGCAUAGCCGCACCCCAGAGAACUACCCCUGCAGCGGGCUGCAGGAGAACUUCUGCCGCAAUCCGGACGGGAACAAUGGCACCUGGUGCUACACGGUCAGCGCGGCGCUGCGCUGGGAGUACUGCGACGUUCAGCCCUGCCGCCCCGCCGCGCCGGAGCCGCCGUCGCCGCCGCACGACCCCCGCGAACCAGUGCCGUCUCUGGUGCCGAGGCCACCGUGGCCUGCUGAAGACUCCCAGCCACUGUGGCCGCAGGGAGGGCCGGGCCUGCCACAACUCCCCGGCUCGCCGGCCCAUGUUGCCCCGGGGCUUCAUCGUUGCGGCGUCGCUGCCGCGGCUCUGUCCGAUUGCCGCCAGCGAAUCGUUGGGGGCUGCGAGGCUCGGCCCCACUCGUGGCCCUGGCAGAUCAGCCUGCGAGUCAAGCUCACGGCCUUCAGCCGGGACUACUCACACGACUGCGGCGGAGCCCUCAUCACCCCUGAGUGGGUCAUCACGGCGGAGCACUGCGUCAAGCGGCCUGCAUACCUCAUGAAGGUUUACUUGGGAGCACACAAGGACAACGACCCUGAGCCGUCAUGGCAGACGGCGUCCAUCUCGAGGAUCGUGGUCGAACCCGGUCACGCGGACAUCGCACUCAUCAAGCUCUCCAGCCCGGUGAGGAUGACGGAUCAGGUGAACACCGUCUGCCUGCCGGAGCGUGACCAACAGCUGGUGCAUGGCACAAUGUGCUACAUCACGGGGUGGGGGAAGACCAAAGGAACUGGGAACGAGGGAGUGCUGAAGCAGGCCUUGCUGCCCAUCAUCUCCCGAGACGUCUGCAACCGCGAGGAGUUCCUCAACAACCGCGUGCCGCACACGCAGCUCUGCGCUGGCUACGAGCAGGGCGGCACCGACUCCUGCCAGGGAGACAGCGGAGGCCCCCUGGUGUGCAUGCAGGCCGAGCGCUGGGUGCUGCAGGGAGUGACGUCGUGGGGCAUCGGCUGCGGAGACGUGGGAAAACCCGGCGUGUACACGCGCACGGCUCCCUUCAUGUUGUGGAUCGAGCGCGUCAUCAACCAGUAGGGUCCACCCCCCCCACCCCCCGCGACCACACUUGGCACUACCAGACUCCCAGGGGCUGGUCCCAAAGCACGAAAGCCCCAUCACCUGGCACACUUGGUAUUGGCACUAUCGUUGUUACACCAGGGGGUUAUUAUGAAGGAAGGCGCCAAGCUUUCUGUAGUUUCAGAGUCUGCUGUAAUUUCACAGCAGGAGGCAAUGUCGCCACUGCGUGUGAUCACAACUGAGUAAUGGGCAGUGUCAUUUUUGCGAAUGAAAAAUGUGGACCGUGACGCCGGCACAAAUGGCUGCACUCGUCUCGAACGACGUCGGGGGAUCUUUAACCUCCACUUCGAAGCGGACAGCGCAGAGUAUUUUUUUUAUGGAUAAUAAACUUUUUGCAAGGAAUCAAGUCUGCAUUAACCACACGUACUUGUGGUGAACAUGCAAACAAACAUGCUCUGAUAAUAUAUGCAUUGUCUUUGAAACUGAUUGACCUACACCAGACAGCCUUCUUUAGGGCCUUGUCUCACCAGUGUCAAACCUAUUUUUUUUCAUACUUUGAUAUUGGCAUUUUGUAGCUUCUCACCCCGAGCUAUGAAUGCUCUCAUAGUGCAUUGUCUUUGUACUGUUCGCCUUUUGGUGUUCUCUGGUCUGACACUGGUGAGAUGAGGCCCUAAAGAAGGCUGUCUCUGGUGUCGGCCAGUUUCAAAGACGAUGCAAAUAUUAUCAGAGCAUGUUUGUUUGCAUGUUCACCACAAGGACGUAUGGUUAAUGCAGACUUGAUUCCUUGAAAAAGGUUUCUAUAUAGGUGUUUGAACAUCUUAACACCUUUUGAUUUAAAGCUUUCGUGACUGCAGGGAUUCAUAUGCUACGUGACUUUACCGAAAGAACCAAUAAUAUCUUAACACCUGUUUUAUUGCCAGAAAGGGUAAAACCUAUUCUUAUUUUUUCAUGCUUUGAAACUGGCAAAAAAGGUCCCAUUUUGAUAAUAAACCUGGUAGUAAUAACCGGGGCGGCCUGCCUAAUUCAAAACCACCGAACCUCUACAACAAGCGUCGAACAUUUACAAACGCCGUUAUAUUUCAGUGACAGUCCAUGAGAAUGAACGAGGAAGUGACUCACGUUUGCGAGCACAACUUCAUAUUGUGCCCUAGGGGAUGGUAGCGCUCGAUGUUGCUGUUUUAGUCUUGGGCAAUUGUUGGUAUUGUUGGUUCUGGCUGCCCCUUCCCGCACGUUCGUGCAAACUCGACAGCGGUGUUCCAAUUAUAAGCUACAUGAACAGCGCCGCUAAAUACAAGUUCAUAAUUAUUGUUAUUUGUUGCUGUUUGAUUUAAUAUGCUGUUUGAUUUUUAUUGUCAACAAUAUAUGUAUUCAUUUAACAUGCAUACAUUUUGAUUGUGAUCGUGGCUGCCAUUUUCCUGAGGGCUUGUGGGAACUGACGUUGCGGGGUGUGUGACGUGGGUUCAAGCUGGGCGUUACGGUGUGUCAGGUGGGUACAAGCUGAACGUUGCGGGGUGUGUCACGUGGGUACAAGCUGGGCAUUGCGGGGUGUGUGACGUGGGGACAAGCUAGGCAUGAGCUGCCCUUCACACGCACAGACACCACGUGCAGCACAACGGCAACGAGGCAAUGCACACAGAAUAAAACAACGGGAAU